ACAAACGCAGGCUCAACGCUGGAGGGAGAUUUGAGAGACGCGUGGAGGGCAGUCGACCUCACACUUUGCUGUGACGACUUCAGUGGUCGAUUUAUUUCUCUCUUUUUUUCUCGAUAAUAAUUAAUUUCUCUCCGUCAUGGAGGCAGACAGCGACAUACAGACGACGCCGAGAGGGUUCCACUGCUCCCUGUGCAAAGUCAGUUUACCAAACAUACCAAGUGUGGAGCAGCACGUCAAAGGGCGGAAACACCAAACACUCAGCACUGUGCGGGCUACUAGGAAGACCCAGGAGCAGCACAGUGUGUUUGUCAGUGGCAUCAAGCCUGACAUCUCUCAGACUGACAUAGCAGAAUACUUCCAGCAGUUUGGGCCGGUCUCUGAUGUUAUCAUGGAUAAAGACAAGGGUGUGUACGCCAUCGUGCAGUUCACGGAGACCGACAGCAUACAGGCGACCCUGUCCUGUGUCGAGCAUCGGAUGAAAGGCUUAAAGCUGCGUGUCAAACCACGGGAAAAGAAGGAUUUCAAGUUGAUUCCCAAGAAGAACGACCCCCAGAACCUCCAACAAGCUCUCGAACGUCUCAAACCUCAGCUGUGCCAGUUGGUGUCUGUGAAUGCACAGAUGCAGUACGUCGUAGAGCGAUUCCAGCUGGGAGAAAACGAGAAGAAGGCCAGAGGCUUGUUGGUUCAACUCCUGCAGGAGGUUUUCGUGGAGUUUUUUCCAGACAGCCAGAUUCAGCCAUUUGGGUCAUCUGUCAACACUUUCGGCAUCCACUCCUGCGACUUAGACCUGUUCCUGGACCUGGAAAACACCAAGGUGUUCCAAGCCCGUGCUAGAUCUACCACAGAACAGGCAGGGGAGGGCACAUCAGACGAUGGCCGCUCCGAGGACUCCAUCCUGUCUGACAUCGACCUGUCCAUCGCCUCUCCGGCUGAGGUCCUGGACCUUGUAGCGACAAUCCUCAGACGCUGUGUCCCCAGCGUGCACAAAGUCCAGGUGGUCAGCAGUGCUCGUCUCCCCGUAGUCAAGUUCCAUCACCGUGAGCUCAACCUGCAGGGCGACAUCACCAUUAACAACAGACUUGCAGUAAGGAACACCCGCUUCCUCCAGCUGUGUUCAGGGAUGGAGGACAGGCUGAGGCCUCUGGUGUACACCAUCCGCUACUGGGCCAAGCAGAAGCAGCUGGCUGGUAAUCCCAGUGGUGCCGGCCCCCUGCUCAACAACUACGCUCUGACACUGCUGAUCAUCUACUACCUGCAAAACUGUGAUCCCCCCGUCCUCCGCACAGUGGACCAGCUCAAAGACAUGGCCUGUGAGGAGGAGGAGUGUGUGAUUGAGGGCUGGAACUGCACCUUCCCUAGUCAGCCUAUUGCUGUGCCCCCCAGCAGGAACACACAGGACCUCUGCACCCUGCUCUCUGGUUUCUUCUCCUUCUAUGUUAAUUUUGAUUUUGCCAGUAGCAUCAUAUCUGUCAGGACAGGGCGUGCACUCCCAAUCACUCAUUUCCUCAGCCAGGAUAAAGAGGAAGAGGCCAUGCAGGAGGAAAAACCCACCAAGACCCAACCCCACAGCCCCAAACUAGGCCCCCUAAAUCUCUUAGACCCCUUUGAGCUCUCCCACAACGUCGCCGGAAACCUGAAUGACCGCUCUCAGCGCAGCUUCCAGAGGGAGUGCCAGGAGGCUGAGAAGUACUGCCGCAGCCUGCAGUACCAGCGCAAAUCCACCAAGGGGAAAUCAUGGGGGCUGGUGCGCUUAUUCACCCCCCACGGGGAGGUACCACAUGCCAAAACAGAGCAGCCGACCAUCAGCAUCCCCUUCAAAUCAGCAUCACUCCCUGAGGCGCUGCGUAAUCAGCUGCACAUGGCGGGAGACGGUUUCCGGCUGCUGUGGUUUCAGAAGGUUUGCUCUGCCGUGGAGGGAGUCCUCCAAAGUGUUCUCAGGUGUCACCUUGCUUCCUCCACAGGCGAGGAUUUGGCUGCUGUGGAAAUGGAAACUACCUCAGCAUCCCUCAACACAUCAACAAAUGACAGCUGUGACAGCGUUGAAUCCCAAAAUGAAGCCAGCCCUCUGGGCACGGCUGUAGUUGGUGCCAAGAGGCAGCUAUCUUCUGGCAGUGAUGCCUCUGUGUCGCCCCAAGGCAAAAAGCCAAGGCUGGCGAAAAGAGGCAAGCCCGAGUCCCCUCACUGGAUCUGUGUGCAGAGGCACAUAGUGUGGGCUGGCAGGAGGAAAGUGAGGAGGGAACUGAUCAAAGAUGCAGACUCGAGGCCGGAGGGCAGCUGUAUGGAGCUGGAGUCUCAGGUCACAGCUCACAUCAUUGAAAAGGAGCCAGAGCUCAAGGAGCCCCUGGAGUUCAAGGUCCAGCCCCAGAUGGUGGGCGAGACGGAAAGCACAAAGGCAGUGCUCAGGCUGGAGCCAACCAGCGACAAGACAGGAGUGUUUCAUGACUUCUUUCAUUUCCUGGAAGCCUUCUUACCUAAGAUGGUAGAGACACUGCUACAGAAGGAAGAGGGGAGCGCUUAACAUGCUGUGUCAGAUACGUUUCCAUUAAAGAAUUUUGAUUUUCUUUACUGCUACUUGUAUUAACCCUUUAGAGUGGGACUUUAAAGAGCAUAAAUGUUGUUUUAUGUUGACCAGGCUUCACUUAUCAUAUUUGUAACUGUAGGCUUUGUCAGAAUGUUAAGUUUGUAAUGUUUUCAUGUGUAUUUGUACUUUUGUUCAGAAUACCAUUUCCCAAUGAAGCUGUACUUUUAUGUUAAAAAUUAUGCUCUUAGAUGAUGAAGUUUAAAGGGAAACUUCAGAAGGAGACAUUUCAUGCACACAGUAUCUGAUGCUGUCUUCAAAAGAAUAAAACAAGCCUUUGUAAAA